AUGACACGAGUCGGAAAGUUUGGAGCUUUGUUUGCCUCCAUCCCAACUUCUAUACUUGCAGCUGUGUAUUGUAUUUUAUUUAUUUACGUGGGUUUAGGCGGUCUCAACUUGCUUUCGUAUUGUGAUUUGAACAACUUUCGAAGCAGGUUUAUCUUGAGUUUCUCUCUGUUUAUGGGUUUCUCCAUACCACAUUAUGCUGUGGAGUAUGGUCUUCUACGUACCAAAAUUCGUUGGUUUAAUGAUGUGGUCAAUGUUCCAUUUUCAUCCGGAGCAUUUGUUUCAUGUAUCUUAGCCAUAUUUUUGGAUUUUGUUUUGCUCCGGAGAAGUGAUGGCCAUAACCAGAGAGACCAAAACAGCAACUGGUGGGAUCAAUUCACCUCUAGGAGAGCUGAUAGUAGGAUUGCCGAUAAUCAGAGAGACCGAAACAGCAACUGGUGGGCUCGAUUCACCUCUAGAAGAGCUGAUAGCAGGAUUGCCGAGUCUCUACCUUUGUAGUGUUAUUGUAGAUUAUUCUUCAUCUUCACCGCCACAGCCACCGCCACCGUCAACCCAUUGCGCCGCCGUCAAAUUGUCUCCAUUGUAAAACAAAG